ACAUAUUGUUCCAUGACCAUCACUAAACUAAAGGUAUACUGCUCCACCCUGUAUGAUUCAUCUGUUAAUAUACUAUGUGCUGAAGAUCAGUCUAAGCUUAUUUAGGAGUAAACUGUCAGAGGCACCGACUGGCUCGUUGCUCAAGAAAACAGAAACCAACAAUGGAGUCACUGAUUGCUGCGAACACCAACUUCUCCCUGGACCUGUUUAAGAAGAUAAGUCCGAUUAAGAAAGCGGACAACAUCUUCUACUCGCCACUCUGCAUCUCCUCUGCUCUGGCCAUGGUGUACAUGGGCGCCCGGGGCAACACAGCUACACAGAUGUCCAAGGUGCUUGGCUUUAUGAAAGAAAAGAAACCUGAUCUUAACCCUGGACUGCUACAGGAAAGUCUCAAAGUCUUUUUCUGUACCUGUCUCCAGUCUCUCCACUCUCACAAAGCUGACGAUGACAUUCAUGCUCUAUUCGGCAAACUGAUGUCUGAACUAAACAAAGAGGGUGCCCCGUAUGUGCUGAGCCUGGCAAACCGCUUAUAUGGGGAGCAGUCCUACAAGUUUGUGGAGAAAUACAUUAUGGACACAAAGAAGUCCUAUCAGGCUGAGCUGGAGACCGCCGACUUCAUAUCAAAAGCAGAGGAUGCCAGGGUGAAGAUUAACAGCUGGGUGGAGAAGCAGACUAAAGAGAAAAUCAAGAACUUGCUGUCAGAAGGGACUGUUGACAAUAUGACCAGACUAGUGUUGGUGAAUGCUAUCUAUUUCAAGGGUAAUUGGGACAAGAAAUUCAAAGAGGCAGACACAAAGGAAGUGCAAUUCAAACUGAAUAAGAAUGAAAGUAAGCCAGUGCAGAUGAUGCACCAGGAGGCCAAGUUCGGUUUUGGGUUCAUUCCAGAGGUUAACUGUCAGAUUCUGGAGAUGCCCUAUGUUGGUAAAGAGCUAAGCAUGCUCAUUAUUCUGCCCCAAGAGAUUGAAGAUGACUCCACAGGGCUUGUGAGGUUGGAAACGGAGCUCACGUACGCGAAGCUCAUUCAGUGGACGCAGUCUGACAAGAUGGAGAAUCGUAAGGUAAAUGUGGCUCUGCCCAAGUUCAAGAUGGAAGAGACUUAUGACCUGAAAAAAAUUCUGGUCAGUAUGGGCAUGGAGGAUGCCUUCGAUUUGUCCAAAAGUGACUUCUCUGGCAUGUCUCCCAACAAUGAACUGGUGGUGUCCAAAGUGGUGCACAAGUCCUUUGUGGAGGUGAAUGAGGAGGGCACAGAGGCCACUGCUGCCACUGCUGCUGUCAUGGCGGUCCGAUCUGUCAAUCUACCAGUUAUGUUCAUCGCAGACCAUCCCUUCCUGUUCUUCAUCAGACACAACCCCACUCAGAGCAUCCUCUUCCAUGGCCGUUUCUGCUCCCCUUGCUCAACAGAUUCCAGUUUCAAACCAGAGUCUAAACAAAAAAAGUCAGUACUGCAAUGCCAUUUGUUUUAAAAAAUGUAAUCGACUAAAUCAUGCUUCUUUACAAUAUACAGUUUCUAUUCCAUGGUAUCCCUUUUUAAGUUUAAUGCAUUUAAUUAAUUUAAUUAAUUAUAUUUUACUUACUGAGAAACUGAAAAAAAAACAAGCAAUAGCCAAUAUCACAUUUCACAUUUGUGAAAAUAAAAGUAUGCUAAACUACUGUUUAGGUUGCCUUAUUAACUUGAGCUACUCAGUCAUUGCACCAGAGGAGUAUUUGUCAUGCAAAGCCAGUUGAGGCAGAAUGCUGGUGCCCAGUCAACCAGAAGUGACACUUAAGCAGUAAUGAUUAAGCUACAAUCUCUGCAGCCAGUUUGGGGGAGAGUAGAAAAGCAUGCACUCUCCUCUGACGUGUAUUUGCCAGCUGACGUGUAUUUGAUGUCAAAAUGACCAUUGAACAUUUACCUACAUUCAAUGGUGAAGGAUUAAUAUAUGCAGUGCACUCCAAAUGUGUGGUAAUAGUAGAGUGAAAUUAGUUAUUUUUGCGAUGUCCUUAAGGUACUCGUAUUUGUGAUCAAAAGAUGAAUAUGAGACAAAAAUACAGACAAUCAGCUUUAAUGUCAUGGUAUUUACAUGCAUAUAUGUUUUACCAUUUUACAGAAACUUCUGUUUUUUUCUUGAGUCCCCCAUUUUCAUCUGUGCAAAAUUAAGUUAACAGAGGACUGACAGGUGUUAACUGUUGCUAAAGUGUUUCCUUUUGCAUGGAUUGUUCACAUAUAAAAGAGCAGGGCACUGUCUAGCCUUCGCUUUAUUCUUGGUUUUUAUCAGUGGAGAUUUAUUUGGGAGUCAGUUUGCUUGAAAACGAAAGAAACCACUGGCGGGCUCAGAAAAAAUAAUCAUACAGAUUGUCCAAGGAAGACAACCGCAUUUGAUGGCCGACAAAUCCUUUGAGCUGUGAAGAAAAACUCAAUAGUGAUUUCACCAACAGUCUUCAGAGGGUGACAAUAUCACAAGCCGCCAUACGCAGAAGACUUUCAGACUUGCAGGAUUUCAUUGCCUUAAAUGAUUUUAAAGCUCAAAUCAAUGACCUUUGAAAGAAGGAGCUGGGAGAAUGUCGAUGUUUUACUAUAUAGUAUGUGAUGUUAUAAUCAUAUAACUAAGCCUUUUAGUAUUCUCUCUACUAAGCCUAACCUUCCCUCUCCAUUUUACCCUUUCCCUCCCCCCAUAUUUUCCCCUGCAUCUCAAAUUAAAUUCAUCUUCUCACA